CCUUCCUCUCGGCAACAGGGUAAAGGAUUGCUGUGCUUGGCUUAGGAUCCCGGCUGAUUCAACUGUGGAAUGUCGGGUUAAAUGAAUAAACAGAUUGUUUUGGCAAUGUCUAACGUGUUGCGCUUAGCCGGGCUAAAUUCCAGAGUGCGUGAAAGCGAGUGUGGAAACAAAGAAGCAUUGUUGUUUUCUGAGCGGCAUUAUGUUAGGGGACUGCAGUGCGUGUUUUCAUCCCAUGUCAAAAGCUGGAUGCCUUUCUAUGCAUAUGGCUCAGAUUAGCGGCUGCUAGAGAGGCUUUUAUAGGGGACAUAAACUUUGGGGUUUUUCAACUCUUUUUUUUUUUUUCCAUAAAGUGUCACAUGUUUUCACACUGCUUUUUGUUUGUGGAUUGCUUUUUGGGCAUGAGAGAUUACUUGUUACUUGGGGUCAAAGUGGAGUAUUGGCAAAUACACAGAAGGGACCACAAAGACGAAAGGUUUUCCAGUAUGAACCGGGCCUUUAACAGGAAAAAAGAUAAAUCCUGGAUGCACACUCCAGAAGCUCUGGCAAAGCAUUACAUACCUUACAAUGCCAAGUUUCUUGGAAACACAGAAGUUGAACAACCGAAAGGCACAGAGAUUGUUAAAGAUGCAGUUAGAAAGUUAAAGUUUCAAAGGCAUAUCAAGAAAUCAGAGGGACAGAAGACCCCGAAAGUGGAACUGCAAAUAUCAAUUUAUGGAGUAAAGAUCUUAGAUCCCAAGACAAAAGAUGUCCAAUAUAACUGCCAGUUGCAUAGGAUAUCCUUCUGUGCAGAUGACAAGACGGAUAAAAGGAUAUUCACCUUCAUCUGUAAAGACUCAGAGUCAAACAAACACCUCUGCUACGUGUUUGACAGUGAGAAAUGUGCAGAGGAGAUAACACUCACUAUUGGCCAGGCAUUCGACUUGGCCUACAAGAAGUUCCUUGAGUCUGGUGGAAAAGAUGUGGAGACACGGAAACAGAUAGGAACCUUACAGAAAAGAAUUCAAGAACUGGAAACUGAAAAUUCUGAGCUAAAGAAGCAGCUUUCGGAUCUGGAGGAGCAGUUGAUGAUUGCUCCUGUACCACCACUGCUGCACAUAAACUCUACUAACGAGGCCUACAUGCUCUCAAGGCCCUCCUCGCUCUUCUGGUGUCACAAUCUGACGUCCUUCUCGUGUCUUGAGAUCUCCUCGGUCACACUCACCCCUAUGAGCUCGCCAGAGUCCAACCUCUCGGCAGGGCUACUAACCCCUCCUCCGGCUAAAUCCGCUCUCCUUCCAAAGACUGCCGACGGAUGCAGCAUCCCCCGACCUCGCGCUGGCAGCAUCUCCUUGAAACCCCAGACAUCCACAGAUGUUUUUGACAUGGUUCCCUUCUCUGCUGUCACACCCCUGGUGCCAAUACCCGCAAGCAACGGCACACCCCCUCCGCCCCCUACAACAUCUCCUUCAGACAUGAGUAAAGACCUUUUUGGUGCAGCACCUUUCGAUCCGUUUACCUGUGGGCAAGCCGACUUCCCCCCGGAUAUCCAGUCCAAGCUGGACGAGAUACAGGAGGGGUUCAAAAUGGGACUAACCCUAGAGGGCACUGUCUUUUCUCCUGACCCACUAGACAGUCGCUGCUGAUGCCAAGUAGACAUGUUGCUUUUACAUACUGUUAAAUCAUUUGUAUUAAAAGUGCCAGAAUUGGGUCUAAAAUUCAAGAUGUCAAUGUUCUUCUCAUCUUGAGGUUUAUAUGUAUUUGCAUUUGAAUUUGGUUUUAGAAUAAUCAAAGGUAUAUUCAAGUCUGAUAUAGAAAGCACUAUUUUUGUAAGAACUCACAUGGGAAGGAUUAGUUUUGAGACCUCUUGCUUGUACAGGCAAUGGUGGGUGUAAAUAGUAUGUGCAAUGGUACACUCUGUGGCCGAAUUUUCUUAUGUGUAGAAUCAGUUUUAUUGAACAUACACCACUUAGAACAACGCUGUUACCACAUUCUUAUUUGUCUGUCGGACAUGACUUGCUGAUCAUCGAGUCACAAGACACGUAAAUGUGGUCAGUCUUGUAUUAACACUCAUAUACCAAACUCUCAGCUUGCCCUUCAUUUGACAUAUCUUCUAUGUUAUUUUUACUCAAAUGUAUCUUUAGUUAACUGUAAUUCUCAUUUAUUCUGAUAGUUUUGUCCGGACACCGGAUUUAAUAGUUUUCUUGUCUUGUUAAACAUUUAGGUAUGUAUUGCCGUUUAUUUACUUUCUUAUGAUAUAUGUCAGUAUCCUCUUGCACCAGAAAGCACUUUUGGAAAACCUCUGUCCAUAUACAGUACUAUAUACUUGUUAAUUUACUUUGUAUGCAAUAUGACUUUGCUGUUAACAGUUAUUAAAGAAAACAUUACGGCAUUAAA